GCCGAAACGGCCACCACGGUACGACCAAACAUAAUUCAAAUGGGAGAUAAAGUGCAUGAAGGAAAGAGUAACUUCAUGAGAAUGCUCGAUCGAGAAACAACACCCGAGAACCCACCAUUUCAGAGAGAGAUUGUGAACUUUGAAAUUUCUUCGUCGGAAGAGGAAUUGUGUACUCCCGUCUCGUGGAGCAGAGACGAGCUCAGUUAUAUAUUAUUCGAAUUUGACAACUUCAUCAUGAGAUCUUCACCUCCGUUGGCACCAUUUCCCCGAGGAAAUCCACCCGGACAACUCUGCCACCGAGUAGCGAAAAAGCUUGUGCGGGAACAAAUUGGUUGGAGGCAUUCGGUAAAAGAAACCGCAAAAAUGCUAAAAAAGGAGAUCAACAGGAGAGACGCGCCAGCAAGAAAUAUAAUGUCCACGCUGAUGUCUUUACGGCCGACAACACGCUUUCGACCACUUGGUGUGGUAUAUACUAACGGAGGCCGUUCGCCUCGUAGUCGUCGCCGAACUCGACUUGGUUGA